GUGAGUUAAAAACUAUAAAUAUGGCUGAAAGUGACUGCGUCGGAGUUAACUCUUCGGAAAAAUGUGAUAAAAAUUCUUCAGAUUACGAUGCGAGUUUGGAUUUUUUCAGUGAAAAGUUUGAUCCGUUGAAAGCGUUAAACACACCGGGAUUAAAACCGCCGAUUCCUGGCGCAAAAAUCUACGACAAUGUCGCUAAAUAUGAGUCGGUUGUUUGUAAACAAAUCAAAACAGCUGAUCGCAAAAAAUGUAAACAAACUGGUGAUCAAGGCGAUAAAAAUAUUAUUGCUGGAAACGGAUUGAAUGAAAGGAAGUGGUUGCCACAUCAACUUCCAGUUGCGGCAACACCGAGAAACACUAAAGCGAAGAAUAACAUUUUCAUAAAAAUGGAAAAUGAAAAUGGUCCAUUAAAAAUACUGAAAGAAUGUAUCGAUAAGCGUCUUCAAAUCAAGGUAAUUACUCGGCAUUCGCAUGGAAUUAGAGGAUUUUGUAUCGGAUUCAUCACAAUGUUCGAUAAACACCUCAAUAUAACUUUGGAGGAUGUCUUCGAAGAGUGGACUCGACCAAAAAGAAGAAAAAUCCCCGUUUUAAAUGAGGAAUUUGCAAAGAUGAGAAUUUCUAAAAAACAUCCUCCAAUUCCUGAAAUAACCAUCGUUGAGAUUGAUAAGGUUGACAAGAAGAAGGAAACGUGCCAAAGAAGAUUAAAUGGGUUACUUUUAAGAGGUGAAAACGUCGUUGCUGUUAUUGUAUUAAGAAAUCUUAGUGGUUAAGGUACUGAAAACACUUUAAGCUUAUUGUAAUGGUUUGUAUCAGGAAAGGGGUAGUAGUAGGUUUAUAAUCCUUAAACCAAAAGUUACAAAAAAACUACUUUUUAUCAUGAACUGAUUUAAGAUAAUCCAAGAAAAAUGGCUGAUAAUAGUAAAUAUCUUUUGAGUGGAUCCCUUAGAAACCGCUUUUAUAAAUAAUAUAAUAGACGUUGUAGCGUCCAGAAAAGAGUUAAAACCGCGUCUGAUGACCUAUUUCACGUGGAGUGCAUGUGUCUGUGACCACACAGGUUCUUCACCUCUCGCGGUCAUCCGUGCCUCUGCCGAUCUCCACUAUAAGCGGAAUGUCCAACCAGAGAUCCCAGCUCUAAAGAAACGACCAUUGCUUCCUUUUCUCAACACUACUUUACCGUAUUAUCACCAUUUUUUUAUAAAAUGGAAUUUAGUUAAAAAACUUUGCAUAAUUCCAAAUUAUCAAAUUGAUUUCGAAUUUUUGACACAAAUAAAGUUUUAGUGUGUAUGAGAGCACUUAGAACUUGUUAGAUUAUCAAAUGCAGCUCGUUUCUAAGUGUAUUCACCCGGGUUGGUGAAAGUUUUGCGCAAGUUGCGGUCUCGGUACAAUUUUGCUUUCUACGUUGAACUCUACUGAACUUAAAGCGUUUUAAAGACCUGUCCAAAAUUACCAAUAGAUAUACCAUUAAAAAAAUAAUAAAUUACAAAAUUUGUAAAGUUUUUGAAUGUAAU